UUGAUAAUACGCUGAAACUUCUACAGUAGUUAGAUUUAAUUGUUCAUUCCAGAUUCAAUAUAAAACUAGUUAUUGUCAUUUGUACGCAGCUUUUCAAUUUGAUCAUGAUACCAAUUGUGUUCAUGGUACUAUUUGUUCAGCUGGGAUCUACUGAGAAUAAUGGAAUGGGGCUAACCCCCACAAUGGGGUUCAUGAGUUGGGAAAGAUUCAGAUGCCAAACGGAUUGCGUGAACUUUCCUAAUGAGUGCAUAAAUGAGAAUUUGUUCAUGACGAUGGCGGAUGCGAUGGUCACUUUUGGCUUGAAGGAUGCCGGCUACACCUAUCUCGCCAUAGACGACUGUUGGCUCAUGAAGAACAGAAGCGCAGAUGGCCAUCUGGUAGCCGAUCCGGAUAGGUUUCCCAGUGGAAUAAAGGCACUGGCUGAUUACAUGCACGAGAGAGGACUGAAACUGGGUAUUUAUGAAGAUGUCGGGUCAAUCACAUGCGAUGGAUAUCCUGGAAGUGAAGGCUACGAAGACACUGACGCACAAUUAUUCGCUUCAUGGGGUGUAGACAUGCUGAAGUUCGAUGGAUGCAACAUUGAUCUCGAAGGGUUGAGAGCAGGCUAUAAAAAGAUGGCAAAGUCACUCGUUGAUACCGGCCGGGAUAUUUUAUACGUGUGCGAAUGGCCUUAUUAUGAUGCAAAUGUGAGCUACGCUGAAGUUAACUUAUACUGUAAUCAGUAUAGAAACUUCCACGACAUGGAUGACUGCUGGGACGCGCACGGUAUCUUCCAGAAAAUUAUGUAUUAUGCAGCUAAUCAGGAUAAAUUUGCAAAAUACAGCGGACCAGGGCACUUCGUCGAUCCGGACCAGUUAAUGGUUGGAAACCCUGGAACUUCUUUUGGACAUCAGAAGAUCCAGAUGGCAAUGUGGUGCAUGUGGAGUGCCCCGUUGAUUGUAUCUUCCGACCUCCGAUCCAUAAAUGAAGCAGAACUCAGUCUUCUGCUGAAUCGAUACUUGAUCCGGAUCAAUCAGGACCCCCUCGGACAAAUGGCUAAACAGGUCAUGAGUGAAGCGAAUGGCGCAACUCAAGUAUGGCUCAAAGAGCUUGGGGACCAUACUUUUGGAGAAUACGCUAUCUGCACUUUUCACGCUAAAUCUGAUGACCAAACAAUUCUUCUCUAUUUCUCACUGAAGUCGUUAGGAAUUGACCAGCCACCUAAAGGAUUUGGCUUUCUUCUAACCGAUGCCUUCACAGGAAAUACACUGGUUUCAGUUCCAAUUUUCUGGCAGACUCAAAUUAAAGUGUACGUUGCUGCAUUCGAUGCAAUUGUGUGGAUCGUUCAACAGAAAAAGAUCGGAAGCUCAGCUGUUCCCGAAAAAGUUAUAUAUCGCAGAAGUCACUAAGUUUUUGCAUCUAACCUUUUGUCUAGUGGACAUAAUAUGAAUAUUUUCUAUAAACGCCUAUAAGACGUAAAAUUUUUCAAUUAUUUGCAUGGCGUGCAUUGAAAUUGAAAAAUUUACUUGAAAACAAAUACUAUUGAUAAACUCGUAACUAUUCAAAAGCCUAUUGGUCUGGUGUUCGAAGAUAAUUCCGAAGAUCUGAGUGUAAAAUAUUUGCAUAAUUAUACGGUAACUUGAUUGAUCA